GUGUGCUCGGUUCGUGAGUAAGAUGGAUUUGUGGGAACCCACGACCAUGGAUCAGUUUGAGCUGAAAUAUCUUCCGACUUUGAACUCCUUCCCAGGGCGAUCGAGAAUCUCAUUUCCCUUCCCAAAAGGACUUCAUCACGGUCGGGCUUGUCUUGAGUUCGGUGGUGGUUCUUCAGAGCCGCUGCGAGUGUCUAGCCUUGUGUUCAUCGGCUUUACGUACGUACGGACCGAACGUACGUACAUUCCCCAAAGGCCUCGUCCUACCUACAAAAGAUCGGAAAUGGAGGAACAUCUGCUGGAAGACGCUCACUGUCCUCCUUGGCCAACACCCGCACUCGCAGCCUUGGGACGUCAGGAAGGCUCAGGCGAGCGAAGAGCUCCGAAGCCGAAGCCGAAGCCAGCCUUCAAGCGAGGGGCACUGGUCCUAGCACAACAGCAGGAAGGCCACGCCAGUAAGGACAAAGUUUGGCGGAAGGAAAUGGAGCCAGGAAGACGGUGGAUGGCGAGGGAAUGCCCUGCUGGAUGGCAGAGGAGCAGCCCCUCGCCAGCCACAACACGCCAACCUUAUGACCAUUUCGUGGACCCCGACGACGAACACGAAGACUGCACGAGCGGCCUCAUUGGAGGGACACGAAGCGAAGAGAUGGUGGAAGAUUUCAGUCCAAACUGGAUGAAAGAAUCCUUGAAAGAGAUUAGACCUGUUGUAGAUUCGUCCAAACUCGGAAGUACGCGGAGCUCCUCGUGGUGGCGAAAACGUAGGAAGUACAAGUGGCACACGAAAGGGAACACCAUCAACAUUCUAGAUGACAGAGGCCUGGCUCGGGUGUCCAAUUUUCCCAAGUCCAGAUCUGACGGUACUCUGCUCGAUCGAAUUAUGUCGAGCAGACCAACCGAGCCUGAUCUACCCGAGGUGGGCAAGCCAUCUGACCCCAUGGAACAACCCCAAGAGAGUCCACAAUUCAUCUUGGACAAUGAAACCAUCCCAUUGAUCGACUUUCGGCAUGUGUCCUCUGCUUUAGCACUUCCGCAAACAGUCGCUGUCGCUGCCGCCGCCAACUCAUCAUCAUCAACUACGACAACAACAACAACGGUGGUCAUGGGUCCAUUGUUGGAACACGUCAAUGUCUACAAUCGAAUGCAAAGUGAGCGCGAAUUCUCUGGCAACGCCUCGGUGAUGCAGUUGCGAACCCAUCAGGAUGCAUCAUCCUCGACACAUGCCCUCUUCAAGUUGGGCCAAAGCUUGGACGAGUCGUCGUCCUCGCGGAGUGGUUACGGUGCAGUGACGACCUCGAGGAAUAACAACCAUCAGCUUGACAUUAAGUCAAUGCGACGGACUUUUAGUCAAGGCGAGAAUGGUGGGCACACCAAGGAUGACAGCACCCAAGCGCGGCCCAUGGGUGUUGACCUUGAGUUGGGAUUAAAAUUGAGGCUCUAUGAUAAUGACUCCUCUCAUUUGGAGGGACACUCGGAUCUUAUGGAAGUGCCUUUGCUAUCCUCUUUGUUGCAAUCCUCGCAUUCAAGUUCCAGCAAGCCCACGUCAGCUCGUCGCGUUCCCUUGGUUCGGCAACAAGGAACCCUUCAAUUUGAUGACGAGGACCCCAGUGAAAGCAAGCCCAUGGCAUUCUGCUCACCCGAGCAUGUGCCAUUAGUUCACGAUGUGUCUUCCCCAUCCCAAGACGAUGGCUUCUUCUCACAAACGGGGGGAGAGAAAACGGAUUCCCCUGAGGAUGUUGAGGUUGACGAGGAGGAUGCCGAGGAGUGUAAGAACCACCUGUCAGCCUUAAACCUCGUCAGACGCUCGAAUCUGAAUGGUUUGCCAUUGAAAAGGGCUCUAACUUUGCCCUCAUCCGACAUGACGCAACUCCGUUCGCCCAUGAGACGGGGUCCACCGGGGACCGGAGACUCCCCCGAUGAGGACAUGAGCAUUGAUAUUCCCUACUCUGCUUCAAAUAGGCCUCCCAUCCUCCGGGCAGAGAGCAUGGAUACCUCAUUGGUCAUUCCCACCUUCACCGUCACAAUCAAUCCCUUGGAGGACGAUGAGAUCACUUUUGUGCCCGAUUCUCCGACGACUUGUCCCCCCUCGAAGACCUUGUCCGAGUCCAUCGAUAGCAACAACCUCAAUGAAACAGGUAAACGAAAUGGAUCCAUCGACAACCACAAUCUGACUUGUGAGGAACUGGACGACCGCCGGUGCUCGAUCGGGUCGGCCUCGUCCCUUCAAUUGGACAAUCGACUGGGUGUUCCAGAUCUAACCAUUCGUCGCGUGAGUGAGAUCAGCCACAUCAACGAGCUCCGUCAAGGCAUAAGUGGCAUGGAACACAUCAACAGUGAGUGCUAUGAAGUGGUCAGAGACGUCAAUCCCGACACAUUCAGUCUGGACUCCAUCCAUCAGACAGUGUUCAAGCGGUGUCAAAACAAGUACGUACCGCCUCAGCGGUCCUCGACCCAGAACAAGUGCUUCGUGAUUGUGACCUCGGGCUGCACCAUUUUUGGCAUCAUUUAUGGGUUCUGGUACAAGAAUUUCGGACCCGGCGCUCAUGACCUUCACUGAGUGAAUGAUGUUUGGAACGGUGGAAAUAACCACAAAAAAACUAGGCUCCUUCCAAGCAAUAAAUCCCCAUUUUCCAUUCCCGAAAAGGAAGGAAAACGAUUCUAUGAGGGCUUCCACGUACACACAAAAAAGACCCGGACACAACCAUUUGGCCAAAUUUUACCAACAAACACGUGGCCUCUUUCUCGCUUUGUGGCAGGCUUUUGAACGCAAUAAAGAAACUAGACCAAUAA